AAAGCAGUUUAUGGCGGACGAUAAAGUUUGUGUGAAAAAGUGAACAUUUCAUGUGUUUUGCUUGCAAAUGGGAGGCUCAGACAGCAAGCUGAACUUCCGAAAAGCCGUCGUACAACUCACAACUAAGAAAUCUGCUGUCGACGCCAACGACGAUCCAUUUUGGGACCAGUUUUGGUCGGAAUCCGCUGCCACAAUCAGUGAUGUUUUCACGUUAAUACCUGCUUCAGAAAUAAGAAAUUUACGUGAUGAAAAUCCAACCAAUUUAGCGACUUUGUGUUGUAAGUGUGUGGAUAAGCUUCAUAGGGCCACAUUGUCAGGAUGUUCAACRCCUCAAGAACAGCUACAAGUUUUGAACUGUAUUCGUCUGCUGACAAGGUUUAUUCCGUACAUAUUUGAGGACCCAGACUGGAGAGGUUUCUUUUGGUCYACUAUCCCCUCACAGGUCAAUGUAGAAGAGCUUGGUAUGGGCAAUGGUGGUGAUUUGGGAGCAGAAGGCCAGACCCCACUUGCACAGACAUUACUAGAUGCUCUUGCAGACUUAUGUUUUUGCCCUGAGUUCACAGUCCAUCCAAGCAAGAAGGCACCAGGCCCUGAGCAGCAUGAGGACCUGUCAUCAAUAGACAGUUGUGAAUACAUAUGGGAAGCAGGCGUUGGAUUUGCAACAUCCCCUCCUACCAACCCUCAGUUUGAAUGUAAUCGUGGUGAACUUUUAAAGCUUCUUUUAACAUGUUUCUCAGAGGCAAUGUACCUGUCACCUACUCCUGAAAAUCACAACCAUCCCAACAAGUGGCUUUGCUACUUUGCUUCCUCUGAAAACAGGCAUGCACUGCCACUAUUCACCUCAAUUCUCAAUACAGUUUGCUCUUAUGACCCUGUCGGCUAYGGAGUUCCRUAUAAUCAUCUGAUGUUCACUGACUUCAAAGAGCCAUUGGUUGAGGUGGCAGCACAGCUUCUUGUUGUCCUUCUAGAUCAUGAUAAUGCUGUAGCUCAACAACCUAUUUCUGAACCUGAUCUACCUGAUGUAGAGGGCCAACCAUUAGACAAUUUGUUUUGCAAUUAUCUGUCAAGGAUUCACAGAGAAGAAGAUUUUCACUUCAUUCUCCAUGGCUUGGCAAAUCUAUUGAACAAUCCUCUAAUCCAGACUUAYUUGCCUAAUUCAUGCAAAAAGAUAAGCUUCCAUCAGGAAAUGUUGAUUUUGUUUUGGAAGAUGUGUGAUCAGAACAAGAAAUUCUUGUUUUAUGUUCUCAAAAGCAGUGAUGUACUAGAUAUCUUAGUGCCUAUACUUUACCAUCUAAAUGAUGCUAGAUCAGAUCAAUCUCGUCUUGGUCUGAUGCAUAUAGGAGUUUUUAUUCUGCUGUUGUUGAGUGGUGAAAGGAACUUUGGUGUCAGGCUCAAUAAACCAUACUCUGUCCGGGUUCCUAUGGAUAUACCAGUAUUUACUGGUACACAUGCUGACUUCCUGGUUAUUGUUUUUCACAAAAUMAUCACAACAGGUCAUCAACGAUUACAACCWCUGUUUGACUGCCUUCUUACUAUCAUUGUCAAUGUAUCACCAUACCUAAAGUCAUUGUCUAUGGUAGCUGCCAACAAACUACUUCACUUGYUAGAGGCAUUUUCAACGCCAUGGUUCCUAUUUGCCAACCCAACAAAYCACCAUCUAGUGUUCUUCCUCUUAGAAAUCUUCAAUAAUAUUAUUCAAUAUCAAUUUGAUGGUAAUUCYCAUCUUGUCUACGCUAUCAUUAGGAAAAGAAAUAUUUUUCAUCAGCUUGCAAAUCUUCCAACUGAUCCAGCUACAGUCCAAAAACCCAAGAAAAAGAGUAGUGUACCCAGUGUCAAUCAAAGAGACCAAUUGAGUGAUGAAGAGCUCCCUACUAACGGUCUACCAGAGAUGUCAGCGGACAUGUCAGUAACACAAGUGCGGCAUCCUGGAAGUGAAUCAGAAACCAGCGAUGUUGAGGGACGUCACAGUGCAGGAUCAAAUCCUAAUGUAAAACGAAGGGAGAGAAAAGCCAUUGGAAGAUCUGCCUCCCUUGGUACUGGAGGGGYAUUUGUCGCUACUCCAGAAUGGGUUCAGUCAUGGAAGCAAAAGCUGCCACUACAGACAAUCAUGAGAAUGYUACAAGUAUUGGUUCCUCAAGUAGAGAAAAUUUGCAUUGACAAGGGMUUGACUGAUGAAUCUGAAAUAAUUAAAUUUCUUCAACAUGGUACCCUAGUUGGUUUGUUGCCGGUACCACAUCCUAUCCUCAUMAGAAAGUACCAGGCCAAUAGUGGUACACAGAUGUGGUUCCGUACKUACAUGUGGGGGAUCAUCUACCUAAGGAAUAUUGAUCCACCCAUCUGGUAUGACACUGAUGUCAAGCUCUUUGAAAUUCAACGUGUUUGAACCAAAAUGAAAUCAGAAUACAAUGAGAGGACAAUGCAAAGUAAUGGCAAAGAUCAACAUCAAUAAUCUCUCUAUAUUCAUUUUAUGUUUCAAGGGAAAACUAAUGGGAGAAUUUACACACUCAUCAGUAACACAGGCAAAUGAUAUCUACAAGGCAUGGACCUUGCUAUUUAAAAUUAAGUACAUUUAGGACGAUGGUUUAAUAUUUAUUGUUCAUCUGAAUAUAGAUUCAUAAAAAUACUUUCCCAGAUGGCUAUGGUGAUGAUUUGAUKGCAAAAGUAAUUGUUGUCAAUGAGGAUGAUGUAGAUGUGUAGUAAUGGCCAUAGUAGUUGUCAAGUGGUGAUAAUAGUAGUGUUGGUAACGAUGCUAAUAAUACUUAAUGUCAUAAAUCAUAAUUAACAAUGUUAAUUGUACAAUUUUSACAUCUUGGAAGGAUUAUAUCUGUAACGUACUAUAUUAUAAGAAACUCAGUUCUUGUGUACUUAUAUUUUGCAUUUGUUUUAAACUUUCUGAUAAGCUUCRGUGUUUUAUAUUUUAUUGGAAAUACAAGCUAAAACGAAGGUAUUCUGAUGCAUUUUUGUAAUAGAACUGUUCAAUAGUGGAUGGUAAUUAUUUUGAACUAUGUAUAGAGGUAGAUAAAAUAUUUAAAAUAAUAAAUAGAAGUUAAUGUUUCAUGAUCAAUUUCAACAAUAAUUUAUGUGAUAAGAACAUUUAUUUUUCUUGAUUUUUAAACAAAAAAUAGAUUAAAGAAUAUCCAGUUACUUUAACUACUUUUAGUGUAAAAAAACCCUGAAAUAUGACUGAUUUUAGGAAGCUCUGAAAUUAAAUAAAGCUUAAUUAAUGCAUAAUGCUUCAAGUCUGGGGUGGAAAGUUGUAAAAGUACUGAUUUUAAAAUGGUCUAUUUUAUAUACAGGACAUUUGUGAGCCGUAAAAGUGACAUCAGUUAAUGGUGUUAAGGUUACUGCUGUUGUAUUUGCAUAUAUAUUUGUUUGUUAUUGUAUAAUUCUACAAGUAAAUCUCUCAUAAACAAAACUGACCCAGCGCGACACAUUUUAAAGUGCUGUUUUUGUUGGGACUAUGUAUUUGUAUUUCAUUUUUCAAAAAUUCAUCUCAUCAAGAAAACUAUCUAAUGUAUAUGAGCUUACCUGAGGUAAGGGUAAUAAGACUAUGAAGCAAGAUCUAGUAUUCAAGUUGUAUAAAAUGUCUUGGGUACUUGGGUACCAGUGACUAACCCUCUCUGUUAGUUUGUUUGAUGCAUAAAGCUCAGUUAGACAGUAUGCAGCUUAUGGAAUGGUUGCAUUCUGAUAUGUUUAAUAGCGUCACUCUAACUUGUGACGCACUGAUUACUACUAGAUAAUCAUUGGAUAGAGUGUAUUAUAGAGCUGUUGCACCAGCAAAACACUACUUGUUAGUAUCURAUACUCCUGUUGAAUCAAAGGUCAACAAUAAAGGUCUCCUAAUACUAUCUCAUGAAUUAAACUGUAGUAAAUUAUAAUAGUAAUGUAUUUUAGUAUACCACUAUGGUAUUUGGUAUUGAUAAUCAGGGUUGUUAUUCUUUAUGGGMAAAUAAACAGCAAUUAGGAACAAA